AUGGACGGAAAGCUCCAGUCUCUCAGCACCUGGAAGCGCUACAAGCUCGGCCAGGCGCGGGUCACCGACUGGCUGAAGCAAACUGCCAGCAAAUUUACGCCGAGCCCGACACUACCGGACGCAGGCGAAAGCAAUGGCUCGGCCACCAGCAUGAGGAAGCCUGAGCAGGACUCGGCUUCCGAAAAGGUGCACUGGAGCGAGCUGGAACAUAUGGCGGAGACGAUCGUCAUCAACAGCAAACCUGAGGAGAUCCCAUGGGACCCAAUCCUGAUCUUGCGCGAUGUGGUUGCACUGAGGAAGAAGAGCGCCCGGUUCCACUCCAAGAAAGCCGAAGAGGACAAGACUGGAAAGUUGAAGAUCAGCAAUCAGCAGCACGAGCAUAUCAUCAAGGUGCUGGAGAAGGUACUCAAAGUCCUCGAGUCGGCUGUUUCGGGGGCGCGACCCAAGCACAAGGAGGAGCCUCAGCGGGCUGGCGAACGUCUAGACAUGGACCUGUUGGACAAUAUGUUCAACCUUCUCCAAUUACAGAAGCCAAACAAGCCUGCAAAGACGCCAAAACCGAAGGCAUCCCAGGAGGUAAAGAGGGAUCCCAAGCAAUCCGAGUCCGAGUCUGAAUCUGAGGAAGAAGACGAAGAGCCAAAAGCGAAGGCUCCAAGUCGCAACUCGGGCCGCAAGGCGGCGAAGAAAGUCGCAAAGAAAGGCAAAGGCGGCAGGAAGGGCAAGAAGGUCUCCAAUAAAAACGGCAAUGCGAAGAAGUCCAACAGGGCCGGGGACAGCAGCUGGGUCGACGACUUCUCGGCGGACAGGGACUUUGACGAAGAUGAGCAUGAUUUCGACUUCUACAUGAUCAUUUACUGCUUCUUCGUGGAUUUCAACAACAUCCGCAACUAUGUCGCCGAGCGCUGGGCCGAUUACUUCUACGACAAGUCCGUCUCGCUCAAUACUCUGGCUGUCAUCACCAACGCCGCCACCGAGCUCUUUCGCAACAUGGAAAUCGAGCUGUGCGACGUCCUUGACGAUCAUUUUCUCUCGUAUGAAGCGAUGAUGGAGUUACUCUUCUUCGAGUACGGCAUCGAUCAUGUUGACUACAACGACCCAGAGUCGAAAGAUGAGCGGCACGAAAAGGUCUGGCGCGAGGAGGCUGACUGGCUAGCAUACUCCACAUACAUGUGCGUCAGAAAGUUUCUGGAAACCAUGCCUCUAGAGAAUCUUCCAGUGAUUCCCCCUUCAGCUCGCCCACAACCUGAGUAUGGCGCCAUCACUUCUGUUGACUUUGCGACGUUCAAUGGCUUGUGCUUCGUGAACCUUUUACUGGAGAUCGAGCAGGUGAAGGCGCUGAAGAAAAGCCUGCAGCAACCCCCUGUCAUACCCGGACAACCGGAGAUGGAGCUCGGUUUCGAGACGACUCUUAAGAUGGGUUACUAUCCAUCUUACUUCAUCUUCUCCCUACAGCUUUACCUCGACAUCCGCAAUAUCAUCGAAGACAAUGUGGAAGAUGCAUUGAUAGAGCUGCAAAAGACGGGCAUGGCUGUCACUGAGUACAUGAAAACUUCACUCUAUACGUGUGACGCCGUAUUCACAUCGGAUUGGAAAAACGAAGUGAAGCGCGACAGCCAAAUCAUGGACCGUUAUAUUUUUAAGGACUUCACCUUGAAUGGCAAGACACGAAGGGCAAAAAUGCACGGCAUUGAUGAGCCAUUACCACCGUGGGAGUUGUUCCGUAACGAGCCUGUUUGGCCAGCGUUGCUCGAUUUCAGAACCAAACUACAGAGCAUGGUCCUGAGCAUCCGUCUUCUGACCCGAACGCCUGAGCCCUUGUGGAGUGGUGUGUUGUACACCGUCGCCAAGCGAGACUAUCCUGGUAUGCCCUCCUGGCCAGAAUUUGACAAGUUCCUGGCUCUCCACGGGACCGAUCUCUUGGGUUUCAACACCCCCGCGGCGGACGAUCUCAAAGCUGCCGAUGUGCUCGUCAAGCACUCAACCAUGUCUAACAGCAAACGGUUCAGUAUCUGGGGAGACCUCGUCAAGAAGAUCGAUCGCGUUAUUAGAUUCCAUGAGCGCUACGCCGCAGUCAAUAACAAGGAGCGUGAAGACAUGGAAUACAUCGCUCAUAUCGUUCGCCAUCACCUCGGCUUGCCCGUCGACUCCAAAGUCAGCCCUUUCGGCAUCCCGCAAGAGUUCGCGCAGCCGGAGGAAGCGACCGGUGAAGAGAAGAAGCAGAACAAGACGCAGGACAUGCUGCGACGCAUUCAGCGUGUCGGCAACAUGCGCCAUGUUGAGAUUCUGGAGAUCCUGGACCAGACUGUCGAGUCAAUCACGCAGAACGAGUUUGCCAUCAAUUAUUACAAGUUGGAUUGGGAAGUGCAGAACUUUGUCGCUUUCUUGCGGGAGAAUAUGGCGGAAAAGGGACUGCUGGCGGAGCCUAACCGGCACGUGUGCACGUAUGUCUCCAGUCAGGACAACGAUGUCUUGUUAGGCGAAGCGAUUAAGGCCGCCAUUACCCGCUCUGCUGAGCAGCCAUCCAUUUCUCGUGUGUCGGAUCACCUCCGUCAGGCAACAAAUAAAGAGCUCUUUGAUUACAAGUACGAGCAGCUGAUGCCCCAGAUGGUGGAAGAGGGUAAGGACGACAACGCGGAAGGCUACGACUGA